AUGGUCAAGCUGUCAGACGUUAUCCUCAUCAUCGUCGCUAUUAUCUUCCCGCCUGCAGCCGCCGCCUUCGUGACAGGAUGCAGCUGCGACCUGCUCAUCAACAUACUCCUGACCAUCUUGGGCUACAUUCCUGGUCAUAUCCACGCCUUCUGGCUCAUUUACAAGAAAACGCAGGCUGAGGAAUGCUAUGGGCAAGGUGGAUACACUUACGUUGGGAACGGCACAUACGAGCCCACCUACCACACCCAAUCGCCUGUUGGCCAAGCUCCAUACUACGGGGCAACGGAUCUCGCCUUUAUUCUCUUUAAUAUGUACUCAAUUUGGACCUCCCAGUUCCAAUGCCGCCCCAUCCUCAAGUCUCAGGGUGACUUCUCCAGUAUCAGCAUCCCGAAACGUUCAACGUCAACAACGUCAACACCCAUCGAUCAUCGACAGCUCACCAGUACCGGAGGGAUUUCAGCUAUUGCUAUGACCUGGAGAAUAAGUACAGAGAUUCGUGUUGCUGUAUACGGUGAAGGUGCGAGUGGUAAAAGCGCCCUCAUUCAAAAUCUUCAAAUCUCUCCCUUCAUGCGGCCCUCAGACAAGAGACACUUUCAUUUUGAACUGGUUGAGGGAGAUCUGAAUGAAUGCGACUCACACGUAUUACGGAACUUUGACUUCGUUCUCUUUACCUUGGACCUUCACAAACCCCCGAUAGGGCUUCACUGUGCAGAAAUGGUAAAGCUGCUCUUCGGGACCUACGAAUUGGAUCUUUCCCGCAUCUGUGUUGUCGGGACGAAGAGUGAUCUCGUUGUUCAGGAUCACGGUACUGAGGACUUGGAAGUUCGACAUCUUCCUACCUGUUUACCAUUUUAUGGGAAGGUAAAGUAUAUGGCAACGAGCUCUUUCACAGGCAUAGGAUUCGACGACUUGAGUUCCUUCAUCAGCAAUCAGUUGCAUCCAACUCUACAGUACAGCUUCGGAACUGUGCUUUUCAAUAGUUUCAAAGAGUCCAUCCUCGAUUUGAUUUCCUCUAUUUUUGCGCUUCCUAUCCCUGAGAGAGUUAAUAUCGAGACCCCAGACUCUUAUGAUCUGCCCGACGAUGACGCAUUGGAACCGCUCUGGAGGUCUCCAGAGGCCAUCGCACACAACCAACACCUUGCACAGUUCAGUCCCACCCAAACGUGCCCCGCGUGGCGAAUAUCUCCUACACUGAUAGCGAAGCCCCUCAAGCUUCUCGAGUGGUCGAAUACAGUUUACGCUCGCAAAUCUUUUCCAGGUAUUCCAAUACCACAGCCUCGCUACCCACAUCUUAAAUAUUGGUCUGUCUCGGACUUCGUCCAAGGCCGAAUGCUGCUCGAGUGUUGGGGCUCCCUCGGGGCCUUCAUGCAGUUCCGCAUCGCCUGUACACUGCGAGGCUAUGUUGCUCAAAUGAGGAAAGCAACUCAAUCUAUCCCUGGUUCCAUCGACGGCGGUCAUGUGUCAGGAAACAUUUUUUGCCCUGGCAUGACGGGGUUCCACGGGCCUUUCAAAUCAGCGAGCCGGUUCAGAGACUGGAUCAACGAGGGCACAUUCCAAGGUUGGCUAGACAUCCUUGUGAAGGCGCUUCAGGCAAGGGAGCGGAAUCCCUCCGAGUCCAUCCCGCUGCCCGACCAACCUGUAUUCUCAACCAGUACAGACUGGUCGCUUGUCUUCGUGCAUGGUGAUCUCAAUCUUUCGAACAUCAUCCUCGCUGACGAUGGCGUGCUUUGGCUCAUCGAUUGGGCAGAUAGCGGGUACUACCCUUCUUGGGUGGAGGCACUGGCAGCUUACCGGUUUGACUUGUACCCAGAAUCAUGGAAGCAUCUGCUGUGGUUUAUCGUUGGCCCGCGACCGCAGUAUGAGGGCAUCUGGCCCUACUUUCAGCAUUACUCGACGAAUCACAUGGAUGCCCCAACAACCCCGAGGGAUCACUUUUGGCCGUAG